UGAUGAUGUUGGUUCGGCGAGAACCAUGAGCUCUGGCCGGGAUCCUCUUGGCAUGGCCUGGACGGAACAUCGUUGUCCCCGGAGCAUAUCCAACAACGCCUGCGCUUAACUGGAUUAGGCAGCUCCCAUGGAUGACGAUAUUUCUACCGAGGCGGUGGUCUGGUUACUCUUUACGGUGGAGGAGGUAUUGGAAAUAUCUGUGUUUUCCUUUCUCUUCCGAAACAUGUACUUUCACAUUCAUUCUUCAUUGUUCAUGGUACCUGGAAGCUUACACUACAGAGUUCACAAGUCACAUGUCUAGCAGUUUGACUAAGCGUACCCAGCUCUAUGCAUGGAUAAGAACUCCGGUGUUCUUACGUACCUAAAUCGGACUAGAUCAGUAUCAUUUUAACUACUCCAUCCACUACC